GUACGGGGUCACGUGACCGCCCAAGCAUUUCAUCUGAGAGCGGCUGCUACUAGCUGCUUAUUAUUUUAACCGUGGAGCUCUCCGUGUGACAGUGUCGUCUGCGAGGAUUAUCAGGAAAAAAAUACCUGCUAUCCAACAUGUGAAUAACCCGAACCAGCUAACGAGGCUGUGGUCGUCCUUUCCUCACAUCACUGUAGAGUUGUUGGACAUCGCAACCUCUCAAGAUAUUGGGACAAUUGUAAAUCCCCGGUCACAUCAAGCUGGCAACAUGUCUAUGUUCAGCACAGGCAUCCUUGUGCUUACCUCUCCUCUCCACACCCUCCUCCCCCGGAUUGCUCCAGUGCUGAGCUCAGCCGCUCAGGUGGUGGAGCGCACGCUGUAUGUUCACCUCCAACCCGGGCUGAACUUGGGAAACGGGAGCCAGCCGCGGCCUGUUUUCAUUCCACCAGUGGUGGACUUGUCCAACCUCAUCACCCGCCUCUACAGCAACGCAGCUGAUGUGUGUGGGCAUCUGGAUGUUCGUGUGUUGCUGACCAACGUCCGCGCCCAGACAGCCACCUCGAGCCGGGGCGGGAUUCCCAGCUGCCCCUUCCCCACACCGCAACCCCUGUCUCACUCUCCAGAGGUGGUGCUGACAGAUUUCCCUCUGCAGGACCCAGGCCAGUCCUCUCUGGUCAAACAGUGUCUGCAGAGGUAUGCUGGACACUGCUAUGUCUGCAGCCCCCAUCUGGCCUCGGUGCUGCUUUACCCGCAGCUGAUGAAGCUGCAGAAUGAAGAGGGGGCAGGGCAGGAGAAAGAAGAAGAGCUGGAGAGUUGCAAAGAACAGACAGAGACCCUGGAGACUUACAACGAUGUGGUGGUGGGGGGAACAUUUGACCGGCUUCACGGGGCGCACAAGACCCUGCUCAACAUUUCGUGCCUGCUGGCCAACAGGAGGUUCCUCAUUGGCGUGUGUGACGAAGAAAUGCUGAAAAAAAAGGUCCUGAAGGAGCUGAUUGAGCCGUACUCGCUGCGGGUCCAGAGACUACAGGAGUUCCUGCAGGACGUCAAGCCCUCGCUGCAGGUGGAAAUUGUGCCCCUUGACGACCCCUUUGGAAGCUCUGUGGUGGACGCCCAGCUGCAGUGCAUUGUGGUUAGUGAGGAGACCAAGAGGGGAGGCGAGGCUGUCAACAAGAGGCGCAUUGAAAAUGGUCUCCCAGUUCUGGUCCUCCAUGAGAUCCAGCUGCUGAAGGAUGUCCACCACACCGAUGCAGAGGAGGAGAAGAUCAGCUCCUCCAGCCUGCGCUCUCGUCUCCUGGGCACCCUCCUCACCGCCCCUAAAGACACAUCCCAUCUCGCCCCCAUUCCAUAUGUGAUCGGCCUGACGGGGAGCAGCGGCAGUGGAAAGAGCUCAAUCGCCAAGCGGCUGGAGGCUCUUGGCGCCGUCCGCAUUGACAGUGACAAGCUGGGCCAUGAAACGUACCUCCCUGGUACUGCAGCUUACUACCGGGUGGUGGACGAGUUUGGGUCAGAUAUUCUUAAUGAAGACAAGACCAUCAACAGGCAGGCAUUAGGAAAGAAAGUUUUUGGAAACAAGGAACGGUUAAAAGCCCUAACAGAUAUUGUGUGGCCUGAGAUUGCACUUCUGGUCAAGAAGAGGAUCCUACAAGCCAAAGAGGAAGGUAAACAGGUGUGUGUGGUGGAUGCAGCAGUUCUCCUGGAGGCGGGCUGGACAGACAUGGUCCAUGAAGUCUGGGUCACACUCAUCCCUGAGGAAGAGGCUGUGUUGAGGAUAACAGAGCGGGACGGUGUGACUGCAGAAGAUGCCCUGAAGAGGCUGCACAGUCAGUGGUCCAACGCCAGGCAGGUCGAGCAUGCCAAUGUGGUGCUGAGUACAUUGUGGGAGCCAGAGGUCACUCAGAAACAGGUGCUGAAAGCAUGGAAUCUUCUCCAGAAGAGAAUCAUGCAGAGACUGGAAGCCAAUAAGUCAGUCUGAGCCAUACUAGGACAUAAACACACAUCUCUGCGUUGCACCAUUUCAGUAGUGACGUACACACACGGCAGAAGGGUGUGCGCCUCCUUAAGAAAUGUGCGCAAAAAUGGCUGAACCACAUAGGGACAAGUUGCCUUAGGAAGAAGUGUGAGAAUGGCCAUUGCAAUUAAUCCAACAAGGUUCCUCACUUCUUUGACCAAGACUGAGUGCCUCACAGGAUUUUAAAUUGGAGUUUUAUUUGACAGUGCUUUGAGAUACUGAUGUUGGAAGAGGAUCACUGCAGAAAUUACCCCCUACACUGAAGUGAACUAUAGAAGCAAGUAAUUUGCUACUGGACAAUAACAAUUCUGAUUUUCAUCAAGAAAUUUUGUCCCUUGAAUUAAACGCUUUUAUAUUGAUACUGAGGUUUAAACCGAACACUCAGCAUCCAAUAAUACUAGAUCAUUUGAAGACCAAAAUUUUCUCUUAUAACGUCGCUGGCAAAAGGUUGCACUUUGUCAACUGAUGACACUUUAAAUGUUUCUUCUUUAAGACAGUGUCAAAGGUUUGUAUGAUCCCCUCUGAAUCAUUGAAUUAAAUAAAGUCACUGACUUUGUAGUUUUGUGUUUUUGUGGAAUAGCUUUAAUUCAGACUCUUUACAUAAUGGCCUUCAAAAUACAAGAUGUAUUUAACUGUGCACUGCGGGGAAAAAUAUGUAUACUUUAAUGUGCAGUAUAUUGGGAUCCUUUGUAAAUGUUGCAGUGUGAUUUGAAGAAACUGAGAUCAACUUAUUGACUGAAGAAAAGCCUGGGCAUUAUACUGUGUACUGAAGUAAAUACAGUGGUAUCUAAUUGAGUGUGAAAGCACCAUAGCUCAACAAGUUAGCUAAUUUGGCAAGUGUGCCAAAGUAGGAGUAGAUAGUGCACACAAAUGAACAAUGAUAUGAUUUUUGCAGAAUAUUGCUUUUAAAAAUGUAAUUGUAUAAAAGGUGCACUUGAAAAAUGGUUAAAAAUCUGGUUCCAAGAUUGUGAAAUGCUAUGACCACCAUGUAUUUCCUAAGUAUAAUUAAUUGUGUCCUAAUUGUCUUCUCCACUCUAGUUUGCAUGAUUUAUGUCUAAAGAAAAUGGCAAUAAAAAUUGCAAUGAGUGGAAACUA